GCCUGGAGGGGGAAGCCCUCCUGCAGGAGCUGGCUCGCCGUUACGUGACCGCCAUGGGUGACAUGGAGGGCCGUAAGCCAGGGCCCACCAGCAUCCUAGGCACCUCACAGCUGCGGCCUGGGGAGCCCGAGGGCUAUCGCAUCCCCUUCAACCCCACCGGCACUGGCUGGGGGGCAGCCAUGCGUAGCCUGGCCACAGGCCUCAGGUACCCGCACACCUGGGAGCUGCCGACGCUGAUCCAAGUGAGCAUCGAGAGUGGGCGCAUGACACACCACCACCCCACUGGGUACCUCGGGGCACUGGCGGUGACAGGAACCAUCGCUGGUUGUUGUUGGGGGCUACGGGGGCGGUUGGCACCCAUCCCCCCUGGGCUGCACUGCUGCCUUGAGUACCGUGGGCGGCUGCGCGAUGCUGCCCAUCGCCUCCACGCGCUGGCCUGGGGGAGACGCUGA